GGCUGACAUUUCAUACACACUUCAUUCCAUCAACAUUCUCAUUUCCUAACCACAAACCUUCCCAUUUUGUCGCUCAUUUUCUCUUCCACUCAAACAACAAUAUUAUAUUUUCAAUCUUUUGUUACCUAGAAACAUAAACACAUACAUUAAUUGUCACACAAAACACCAUUUUUUGGUGAAAUUCUUGAUGGCUCCCUCUCUUGUCCCUGGAUUCCUAUACUCAUCAAAAACACUCUCCCAAUUGGAUUCAUCGAUCAACACCAAUCAUGGUUUGCCACCAUUGUCCACCACCUCCUCCAUUGGAUCACAUUCAUCAUCACCAUCACCACAAGGUAGGAGUCCUAUGAUCCCUUCACCAAAGGAGGGUAUCCCCUUGUUUUCCCCUGCUUACUAUGCAGCUUGUAGUGCCGGCGGCGUCUUCAGCUGUGGCCUUACCCACAUGGCUGUCACUCCUCUUGAUCUCGUCAAAUGUAACAUGCAGAUUGACCCUUUAAAGUACAAAAGCAUCACAUCAGGAUUUGGAGUUUUACUGAAGGAGCAGGGCGCUAAAGGUUUCUUCAGGGGAUGGGUGCCUACUUUGUUUGGUUACAGUGCUCAGGGAGCAUGCAAAUUUGGGUUUUAUGAGUUCUUCAAGAAGUACUACUCAGAUCUUGCAGGACCUGAGAAUGCAGCCAAGUACAAAACGUUCAUAUAUCUUGCUGGUUCUGCUUCAGCAGAAGUUAUUGCUGAUGUUGCACUUUGUCCCAUGGAAGCAGUGAAAGUUCGUGUGCAAACUCAGCCUGGCUUUGCUAGAGGUUUGUCUGAUGGGUUACCCAAGUUUGUCAAGGCUGACGGUGUAGCUGGGUUGUAUAAAGGACUUGUUCCUCUUUGGGGCCGUCAGAUUCCAUAUACCAUGAUGAAAUUUGCUUCCUUUGAGACUAUUGUGGAGAUGAUCUACAAACAAGUCAUCCCAACCCCUAAAGAACAGUGCAGCAAAAAUAAGCAGCUUGGAGUGAGUUUUGCAGCAGGAUAUAUUGCAGGUGUACUCUGUGCAAUUGUCUCGCACCCAGCUGACAACCUCGUUUCUUUUCUUAACAAUGCCAAGGGAGCCACUGUUGGCGAUGCUGUGAAGAAGAUUGGGGUGGUGGGUCUUUUCACUCGCGGCCUUCCGCUUCGUAUUGUUAUGAUUGGAACACUAACUGGAGCUCAGUGGGGACUAUAUGAUUCAUUCAAAGUGUUUGUAGGGCUGCCUACAACUGGUGGAAGUGCUCCUGCUCCUGUGAAAUAGAAACCACACAAACAACGUGCAAGUGGAAGAGAGGUUAUCAUGACAGAAAUAAUGUUAGGCUGCUUUACCAGAGCACCCCCAUUCUUUCAUUAUCGAGAUGAAUUUUCAGAUAUUGUAUUUUAUUUUAGUAUUUUUUUCAAUCGGAACUUGAUUAUAUAGCUUGAUUUUCAGUUGGUGAGAUAUAUGUAGUUUGUCUUCCAAGUUAUUGACUUACGGAAUGUUUGGUUCCACAUUUGCAUACGCUAGAAUUGAUUCUCCAAUGUCAAUCAAUUUUUCAAUGUUUGAA